GACAUAAGAAGACGGCAGCAGGCACCAGGGACGACGGUUUGCGGGACGGUCCAGGAUGCAGCAGGCUGCCACCAGCUACCGCCAGGGCCACCCAGCAGACAAUGGUUGUCGAAGAAAACCGCUUCAUCACGCAGCCGCUCUACGACGAGCUUAGAGACGGCACGCCGGUGACGAUCCUCCCGUACAACUCGCUCGAGGAGACGCCGGCGAACGUUGUCGACGCCAUCUACACGCUGUUCAACGCAAUCGUCGAGGAGGGCACGACGUACGUGCACGAGCACCCGCUCACGAGGACGCAGUUCUACGAGUACUACUUCCCACACUUUGUCGCCGUGAUGGUCCGGGGCACCGUGCCGGAGCAGGACCGGCUCCGCACCGACCUCGACAUCGCCGCCGGAGGCGCCCACGAGCUCCUCGGCUGCUUCUACAUCAAGCCCAACUACAUCGGCCGCUCUGCGCACGUCUGCAACGCCGGCUUCCUCGUCAGCCUGGACCACCGCGGCGCCGGCUGCGGCAGUGUCAUGGGCCGCAACUACCUCAAGUGGGCCCCGCUGCUGGGCUUCAAGUCCAGCGUGUUCAACCUCGUCUACGAGACCAACGUCGCCAGCUGCCGCAUCUGGGACAGACUCGGCUUCGAGCGCAUCGGCCGCGUCAAGAACGCAGGCCGCAUGAAGGGCCACCCCGACCUUGUCGACGCCAUCAUGUUCGGCUACCAGUUCUCCUAGUCCUU